AAUAUUGUGGGUAAUGCUAAGCCUAAGGAAAGAGGUAAUGAGAUUCUGUCAUCUCCUGAAAAGCGGGAGAAAUUUAAAGAACAGAGGAAAGCAACAGGUAAUGCAAAGAAAGACAAGGAUGAAAAGACAUUAAAGACUGAGAAAAGAGUUAAGCAACCUGAUAAAGAAGGAAAAUUGAUAGUCAUCUCAGAAAAAGGCAAGGUCUCAGAGAAGAAUAUAUCUAAGAAUGGAAAAGAAGAUAAAGAGAAUAUAUCAGAGAAUGAUAUGGAAUAUUCAGUAGAUACAGAAAUUGAGAAGAAGCCUGAGAAUGACAAUGUAAAGAGUCCACAGGAAAACGCAAAAGAAACUAAACGAAAGCGUGGAAGACCGCCGAUAACACCUCCAACAGAGCAAAGUUCUCAGACACUGCAGCCCAUAACUUUGGAGUUAAGACGUCGGAAAAUACCCAAAGGAGGUGAAGUUCCAUCGAAGCGUCCCAGGAUUGAAAAAAACUUGUCUCAGGAAAAAUUGAAGAACUCUCCAGAUAACCCUGAAAGAGACCAGAUCAGAAGACGAUCUUCAAGACUCUCGUCUAGUAUUAGCCAAGAGAUUUUAAGUACAGAUCACGUCACAACUUCAACAGAAAUUCAGCCUUUGAAAGAGGCGGUAUCUAACCAAAAGGAAUCUGAGAAGGUCCAGUUAGAAAUUCCUUUUGAAUCUGACCAAAGUUUCAGUGAACAAGGAUCUCCUGGAAACACAUCCCAUAGCACAGCGCUUGGUACAGAUGCCAGUUUACAGGAAGAAAAAGUUGAAGACACCGAGCCUUCCUCUCUUACUGUCAGAACUCAAGAACCUUCUGCUGCUACAGUAACAAAACCUUGUAGGAGAGCAGUUUUUCUUGCAUCAAAACCAGCUGCAACUGUUGAUCAAGAUCACAAGUUUAGAUGCAAGUUCUUGGACUGUUCAAAAUCCUUUCGCAAAGCCAAGCUAUUGCAUUAUCACAUGAAAUACUUUCAUGGAGUGGAGAAGGCUGCAGAAUCACAGCAGAACCCUGUAAAAAGAAAUAUUCAAACCAGAGCUUCUUUGGCUUCUGAAAAAGCUAAUCAAGAAGGGUCAAAAAGAGGAUGGACCACAGCUGGUUCAUUGU